UCUAUCUUUUAAGACGUCUACUUUCUUCAAUCUCUGUACUAGUCCAAAAUGGAGAAUCCAAGUUUCAAUUUUUCCCUCUCUCCAUAGGUUUGCCAUCUUUAUGAGUAUUAUUAUCAUGUUUUCGUUUCGGAUUAUACACUUCCAUGAACCCUAAAAUCAUGGUAGGAAUAGAAUAGAAGAAAAACCAGAGAACAAUGCACAUAUACAUAUAUAUAGAGGAAAUUGAUUUCGAGCAGCUUUAGUUGAUGGGGAAACAGCAAGGGACGUGAAGUCCUAGGUGCUGGUUCUGACACCUGUCGGUUUUAAGGCCUCCUCAUCUGUGUGUGUGUGUGUGUUUGUGCGCGCGCUAUGCUACCUAGUGCUGUAACUACACACUACUUGCAGCUUUUGUUUUUCGAGCUCACACUCUAAGUGAGGUGGGCUUUUGAGCAAACAAGAAGGUUCGCAGAGCAACACAUAGCAUUGUAUUUGGUAUAGGCUUCCUCGAGCUUGUUGCUCGUGCUCUGCAAUUUCCCCACAACCCACAAAUCUCGAGGCCUAUCACUACCAUCCAUUCUGUUAUUUAGGCCUUAUUUGUGUGUGUGUGUGUGUGUGUGUGGUUGACCUUAUAAGGUUUUGCAAGCCACAAUCACAGGAGGGUCGGUGAUAUUGUUUGGAUUGUGCUGUUGCUUCACAUUGAUUUCGAGGUACAAUCUUUGAACUUUGAAGCUUUGGUCUCUGUUUCUUCAAUUUGAUUAAUCUACAAUGUCUGGGUGUACUAUGGGGGUUUCAAUUGGUAGAAUUAAAUAUUUGAAAUAAUGGUUGCAAUUUCAUGUUUUCUAAGGUUGUUAAGUGAUACCUUGUACCGGGUCAAACCAUGUUUGUAUGGAUAUUUAUUUUUAAUUGGAAUUAGAAACCGUGGAUUCAAUUCAACUAUUUUUUGCAUAGUUAGAGAGUGAAACAUGGUCCAUGAUUUCGGGUUUUGGCGGGUAUUAAAAGUUGUAAUGUUACGUUGAGAUUUGCUAGAGGAAGGGUGAUAGGAGGUUGGGGUUUGAUGUCGAAUUUUGUCAUAGUAACUAGUACAAGAGAUGCUGAGGUUUGAUGAGGGAGAAGAGAUCUUCUUUGAUACUGUGGAUUGCUUGUUAUCCGAAGAGUUAGUUGGUGCAAAAGAAGAUUUGGGGUGUGGCAAUUUAGGGUAUGAGAUUUGGGUGAAUGACCUGGUUAGCGUUGAGGAACGUCGUGAAAGGUUUUUAAGUCGAAUGGGUUUUUUUGAAAUCAACCCUUUGCAAGACAUUGCCCUUGGCAAGGAAUCAGAGAGGAUAGGGAUGGAAAGGACUGUAGAAUGCAGUGGAGCUAUCUCUAGUUCUUGUGGUUCGUCCAUUGAUGGCAUAGUGGAAGAUUUAAUUUGUAAUAGUAGUAGGGAAUUAAAUGGUGAAGCCAACUGCUUGGUUGAUGAAUUGGAGCAAGAUCGGUCCGAGAAACUGUGUGUAGCUCAUAGGGAGGAGGGUGAGACUGCUUGUGUAUCCUCUUCUAUUGAACAAUUUGGACCGAGUGAAGCUCAGGUUCAUGUUAAAAGUACUAAGAAGUUUAAUAUGGAUAAAAAGAAAAUGAAAAGUUGGUGGAAACACUUCAUAAACAAGAGGAAGGGAAAUCAAGGUAAAGGUGUAUCUGAGGUAUUAAAACUAGAUGCCGAAACAAAAUUAAAUAGAAUGAAGGUGCAGCGGAAUAAAAAGAGGUAUGUCGAGUUCAGUGCAGUCUACAUUGGACAAGAAAUACAUGCUCACGAGGGCUUCAUUUGGACAAUGAAGUUUAGUCCUGAUGGCAAGUAUCUGGCGAGUGGUGGUGAUGAUGGGAUUGUUCGCAUUUGGCGUGUUUCGUCGGUAGAUGUAUAUGCUGAAGGCAAUUCUGGUAGCCAAAUGAGAGAAGGCAAGUCCUUUUCUGGAAGAAAAAAGUCGGAUCAUGCCUCAGUUGUCAUUCCUAAUAAGGAUUUUAGGAUUGAAGAGUCACCAUUGCAAGAGUUCCACGGCCAUACUGGUGAUGUCUUCGACUUAGCUUGGUCCAAAUCUCAUUGUCUUCUUUCUUCUUCCAAGGAUAAAACCGUUCGCCUAUGGCAAGUGGGCUGCAACGAUUGUCUUAGUGUUUUCCAUCACAAUAGCUAUGUGACAUGCAUUCAGUUCAAUCCUGCUGAUGAGAAUUACUUCAUCAGUGGUUCCAUAGAUGGAAAAGUUCGAAUUUGGGGACUGUCCAAGAGGCGAGUUGUUGAUUGGGCUGACGUCCAAGAUGUAGUAACUGCUAUAAGUUACCAACCAAAUGGGAAAGGAUUUGUAGUCGGUUCCGUUUCAGGCACCUGCCGCUUCUAUGAAUCAUUAGGCAGCAAUCUUCAGUUAAAUGGACAGAUAAAUAUCCAAGGUGCAAAAAAAUCCUCCGGCAACAAAAUUACUGGCAUUCAGUUUUCACCAGAACACUUUCAAAGGAUCAUCAUAACGUCAGAAGAUUCCAAAAUCCGUAUACUUGAUGGGACUGAUGUUGUCCAGAAAUACAAAGGUCUUCCGAAGUCAGGAAGUCAGAUGUCAGCUUCAUUUGCUUCGACUGGUAGACACAUAACUUCGGUUGGUGAAGAUUCUCGUGUUUAUAUCUGGAACUAUGAUGACCUGUGCAUCCCAUCAUUCAAACAACCAAAAUCCGUGCGCUCCUGUGAGCAUUUCUUCUCUGAUGGUGUGUCAUUGGCAAUUCCUUGGUCAGGCAUAGUAACAGAACAGAAGGGUUUAGAUAGCAGUCUCCAGUGUUGUUUACAGACAAAGGAACAUCAGGACGCCUCUUCACGGAUUAGUGACUAUGAAUGUUUUCCCCUAGCUAAAUGCUUCUCCAUGGAUGGCUCGGCUAGGGGUUCCACGACAUGGCCAGAGGAGAAACUUCCGGUCUGUGAUCUACCGGUAGCAGAACAUGAUCAGCAACCCCAUAACAAAACAGAAGUUCUAUCCGCAACAUGGGGUCUUGUAAUUGUGACAGCAGGUUGGGAUGGAAAGAUCAGGACAUUCCACAAUUAUGGGUUGCCUGUAAGGAUUUAGGAGCUCGAAUUAUAUUACUCCACAAUUAUGCUGCUUCAGUGAGAAAUUUCACUGGAAGAGCUGAAAUGGCGUGAACAAAGUUGUCAUCCAUCCAGGUUCAUACUGUUUGGGCAGAAUUGGGGGCAGAAUUGGAUACAUUGAAGCCAAAAGAGAAAAUGUGCCGGUGUCCCAUCUUGUGUGGCUGAUAUUCUACUAGUACCAUUCUGUCCUAAAACAUAUUUCAGCAGAAAAUCAAGCUUCUAGCAAUGCUUUCUAUCUCCCUUUUGUACAGGUCAAUGGGUACUUGUAUAAGUUGUAUCCUAGACCAUGGAACAGGCAAUGUCAAUUUAUUCAAUUUUCUCCUUUUGUGAUUAAUACCAAAUUUAAUUGAUAGUGUAAGAAUAGGGGAAAAAAAAUCAUCUGAGAAAUUGCCUUGAUUUUUAUGGUACUUUUUGUCAUAAUAUG